AUGUUUCAUUUGAUAUAUAAGGGCUAUGGUGGCCCCGUCAAGGCCCUGUUGCUUCUUGGGGGCAUCAGUCUCAGAUAUGCAGAAGCUUCCCAGAAGACCCUAGGCUCGACGAUGAUCAACCCGUCAAACAUGUCUCUUAUCCCAGAAGGAAACUCGACCACCCUCGGCAUCACCCAGGCCGCCAUCAACGUCUUCCUGGCCUCGCAGCAAGACGACGGGCUGAUCGCCGGCCUCGGCUACUGGCAAGUCGCUAACGGCUAUACGGCCAUUGCGCUGCACGACCUCUGGUCCAACAACAACAACAACACCACCUCUUCCAACAGCGGCAUUCUGGAAGAGCUCAUCUCCAAGGUUGAAGUGAAUAACACAAACUGUAUCAACGACAUGAACGAUGACUCGAUGUGGUGGGCCGUGUGUUCACUCGAGCUCUUCGAUCUUACCGCCUCCCCAAGCCAUCUCACCGUCGCCGAGGCCAUCUGGGAACACGUCAACCAUUUCGUGAUUCCCGCGGGCAAGUAUGUCAUCAACGGCACCGACAUGGGCGGCGGGGUGAUCUGGUCCAGCAAGCCGAAUGAAACCCAGGUCAACGCGGUCACCACGGGCCUCUACGCGGAGCUGUCAGCGCGGCUGGCGUCUCAACAGACGAACGAAACGUACCGAGAAGAGUUCCUCGCCUCGGCCAUCAACAGUUUCUCCUGGAUCUUGCGCAGCAGGUUCGAUCAAGACGGCUAUGUGGUCCUGGACCACGUCGACCUCAUCACCGGCGAGAGUUAUAAUUGGACAUUUACAUACAACACAGGCCAAGCCAUUGCCGCGUCCGUCGCCAUCUACAAUACCUUGAGAGCGAAGGACCUGGACCUGAUCCAGUCCGCCACAACAGAAGCGUACCUCGACCUGGCCUGCAACAUGGCGAGCCACGCCCUGAACCGCAGCAGUUGGGUCGACGUGAACGGCACGCUCACCGAGCCGGGCGCCUAUCCCGGCACGGGCCCGGACAAGAAGCCCGCGUGGCAGAACGACGACGCCAUCGGCUUCAAGUCCAUCUUGCUCCGGAGCCUGGCCAAGCUGUACAGGGUCCUCGUCCGCGACGACACCCACCCGGAGAUGCAGACGCAGUUGGUCGAUUUUAUCCAGACGCAGUUCCAGAGUCUGCAGCUCCGGGACACGAACGGGCAGGGCCAAUACGGUCCCUGGUGGGAUGGCCCCAUGGAUUUGCCGACCAGUCACUCUCAGAUGGCAGCACUGGAUGUGAUGGCGGCAAUCCAUGCCGUGUGA